AUGUCGACGAUACUCUCGUCCCUCCGCAAAGCGCCGGAUUCCGGUGGGAGUCUUGUGGCCUAUUCGGAUAGAAAAGAUGUUGAGAAGAAGAAGAAAAUAGUUGUACUUGGAACUGGAUGGGCUGGUAUAAGCUUCCUUAAAGAUCUUGACUUGUCCUCCUAUGAUGUUCAGGUUGUCUCUCCCCAGAACUACUUUGCAUUUACACCUUUAUUGCCCAGCGUCACUUGUGGAACUGUCGAAGCUAGAAGCAUUGUGGAACCUGUCCGCAAUAUUGUAAACAAGAAAAGGGGAGAAAUCCAACUGUGGGAAGCAGAUUGUGUUAAGAUCGAUCCUGCAAACCAUAAAGUUCAUUGUCGCCCUGCUUUCGAGGAUGACCCUGUAGCAAACCAAGAUUUCUCUCUACAGUAUGACUUCUUGGUCAUAGCAGUGGGAGCACAAGUCAAUACAUUUGGCACUCCUGGCGUAUCGGAGAACUGCUAUUUCCUCAAGGAAGUGGAUGAUGCGCAGAGGAUUCGUAGAGGUGUGAUUGAUUGUUUUGAAAAGGCUGUCCUUCCUGGUCUUACCGAGGAACAACGAAGAACAAAACUUCAUUUUGUAAUUGUUGGAGGAGGUCCUACUGGGGUGGAGUUUGCAGCAGAGCUUCAUGACUUCAUCCAAGAAGAUAUCAUCCCAUUAUACCCCACAGUCAGAAAUCUCGUUAAAAUAACACUCAUCCAAUCAGGAGAUCACAUCUUGAAUAUGUUUGAUGAACGCAUCAGUUCGUUUGCUGAACAUAAAUUCUUGAGGGAUGGUAUAGACGUUCAAACCGGAGUGCGUGUCACUGGUGUGUCUGAUAAGGAUAUCUCUGUGAAAAUCAAAUCAACUGGCGAAGUCUGCUCUAUUCCCCAUGGAUUGAUCGUGUGGUCUACUGGCAUUGCAACCCGCCCAGUUAUCAGGGACCUUAUGGAGCAAGUUGGCCAGGGUGGAAGACGUGUUUUGGCAACUGAUGAGUGGUUACGCGUCAAAGGAUGUGAGAAUGUGUAUGCAAUUGGAGAUUGUGCUUCCAUAACUCAACGUAAAAUUAUGGAGGAUAUUGCAAUGAUAUUUGAAGUUGCAGACAAGGAUAAAUCAGGAACCUUGACGGUGGAAGAAUUUCAAGACGUGGUUGAAGAUAUCCUUGUGAGGUACCCGCAGGUUGAGCACUUCCUAAAGAGCAAGCAUUUGAGGAAUGUUACGGACCUGUUGGCAGAUCCAGAAGGAAAUGCAAAGAAGGAAGUAGACAUUAAUGGUUUCAAGUUGGCUCUCUCAGAGGUUGACUCGCAGAUGAAGAGCCUUCCUGCAACUGCUCAGGUGGCUGCGCAACAAGGUUCAUAUGUAGCGCAAUGCUUGAGCAAAGUGGAGGUGUGUAAAGAGCAUCCUGAAGGUCCUAUGCGUUUCAGAGAUGGAAAACAUCACCAGUUCCGCCCAUUUCAGUAUAUACAAGCACCUGGGCCAAUUUGCUCCAUUGGGAGGGGAGCAAGCAGCUGCGGAACUGCCAGGAGAUUGGGUUUCUGUAGGAAGAAGCACACAAUGGUUAUGGUAUUCUGUGUAUGCCAGCAAGCAAGUGAGCUGGCGGACGAGGGCCUUGGUGGUGUCAGACUGGACAAGAAGGUUCAUAUUUGGGAGGGAUUCAAGCCGCAUUUGAGCCACAAAUGGAUCAUCCGACCAAUGAGACUGUGUUGA